AUGGCUGUGCGAGGCGCGGAGGAAGCCUACAUUACGCUUCUGCUGAGCGAUAAUUAUUUGCCAGGCGCACUCGUUCUUGCCCAUUCGCUUCGCGAUGCUGGCACCACAAGGAAGCUGGCUGUCAUGGUCACUCUCGACACCGUGGCGGCCAAGGUGAUCACGCAACUAAAGGCUGUCUACGACUAUGUGAUUCCCGUCCCUCGCAUACGUAAUGAGCGCCCCGCGAACUUGUACCUCAUGAACCGGCCCGACCUCCACUCGGCUUUCACCAAAGUCAACUUAUGGAAGCAGACUCAGUUCAGCAAGCUGGUAUACAUUGACGCCGACGUGGUCGCUUACAGGGCACCCGACGAGCUCUUUGCGAUCCCCCACCCCUUCUCGGCAGCCCCUGACAUAGGAUGGCCGGACUUGUUCAACACGGGCGUCAUGGUCUUGACUCCAAACAUGGGUGACUACUAUGCGAUGAUGGCUAUGGCAGAGAGGGGUAUAUCGUUUGACGGCGCAGAUCAGGGUCUUAUUAAUAUGCACUUCCGGCACACGUACAACCGCAUCUCAUUCACCUACAACGUCACCCCGUCAGCCCACUACCAAUACGUCCCCGCGUACCGCCACUUCCAGUCGAGCAUUAACAUGGUGCACUUCAUUGGCUCUGAAAAGCCGUGGAUACAAGGAAGGAACUCUACCGCUGGCGGCGGUCCCUUUGACGAGAUGGUAGGCCGGUGGUGGGCUGUUUACGACAGACAUUAUCGUGCGCCGACUGUUUAUGAACCGCAAGUUCAGAGGCCGCCAGAAAUCGUCCAGCAUUUUGUUCGAGGAGAAUACCAACCACCAUCCACGUAUACUGUACCUAUCGGAGAGCAGCCACAAAUAUCCUUACAGCCGCCUUCACCGACACAGGAGUCUCACGAGUCUCCUUUGAGUAACCCAGACCAACCGCAACAACAGAAUACAUAUGACAACGGUCAGAAUAGCUUGUCGAAUUAUCGCACUGAGCAUUCCCCUCAUUCCCACGAGCACCGAGAAUCCCAUCACCACCACCAUCAAGACGAGCAUAAUCGAGGUUACCAUACCCCUGGUCCAAGCCCUGGCACUUCCCAUGUUCCUCAAGUCGAGGAACAGCCUACAAGCCCUUGCUUUUUCAGCGCUGCUUCUCCAGCAUCCAGACCUGGAGCUAACGCUCCCCAAGGCCACUAUCAGGAGCACCAGCAACAUCAAGCGCCUCAACAAGCGCACGAGCCAGAGCCAGAAAAGCCGCAACCUCCGCCAAUGGAACCCAGUUGGGAUGCGCAAAGGCAACCGCCUCCACCGGAAUCGAAACCGGAAGCAAUCAACUUCCCGAAGAUGCAUUACGAGAUGUCUUCAGACAUUAGCGCGUUUGUCCCACCCCAGCGCUACCCGAGUCCCCCCAAGAACAUGUACUAUGAAGUCCCUCAACAUCCACCAGCUCCCCCGGAGCAGAAGCCCCCAGCGAUCUUCCCGUGGGAGGUGAAUAGACCUCAGGCUUCGCGGGUCUUUGUUGAUGAUGAUGUCGGACCCGUCGGGGCCGAGAACUCUUCGGCAGUGGAAGAGAGCGCUGAUUUCCAGGAAUCAGUUGAGCCAGCAUUGGAGGAGCCUCGACCAAUACCGACCAGCCCACCAAUUCAGCAAAUAUCGAAUCCCUGGGAGUCGUUUUCACUCACCAAUGCCUGGGACGAUGUACCCGGUAUCAAUCGCUACGUUGGUGCAAUCCAAAAAAGCCAAAAGAGGCGAACUCUUGGUCGAUCUGCUGGACUCAGCCUGGGCAACCUCGACGACACCCGUGAGGCUCAGGAGGAGUUCGAGGCUGCACUGAAUCGACGGGGUUCAACCAAACUUACCGACUUCCCUGUCGAUAGGCCCAGCCUUCCGGUGACGCCGGCGCCCGUGCGGCGAAGCAAUUUUUGGGGCGGCGCUGCCGAUUCUGCAAACAAUGGCGGAACAGGCAGCGCCGUACCUGAGGGCGGCCGUCGUCAGCUGUUCCCGGCCGCCGAAGGCGUGCCGGGGCAGUCUGACUGGGACCCGGUGGCACAGCUUCACAAACUGGCUAAGCAGCAGUCUGAGUUGCUGUUGCAGAAACUUGGCGACAGUCUCAAAUUAGAGGAUGACGAUGAUGAUGAUGGCAGUGAUGGUCGGAGUGUCAGGUCUCAGGGUAAGGGCAAGGCUACCAUGGAACAAGUGUACCAUGACGGGCAGGUCAAGAGCCCGACGUAUAUUAUGCAUGCGUCGGUGCCGACGGUCCACAGCCCAAUGCCGGUCAGGAAGAGCCCUGUGCAAAGUAUUUUGGGGGAGGGGGAGGCUGCGGUCCCAAGGACCACGCGACAUGACUCGCAGCUUUCGACGACGACGACGGAAUACGGGACUGAGGACAAUGAGCAGCCGAGCUACAAUGGACCUGGUGUUGCGUGGGACAAGGAAGAGGAUAUCCCGCUGAGGGAGACGCCGAUGCCGCCCACAGAGGACGAGUUGGACGUACUGGAGACGUGA